CGCACCGGGUUGUUGUAGUUAUUCGUUUACUUUUCCUAUUUUCUUCUUAAAUGGCUUAUUAAUUGAAUGAAUUAAUCUAAAUACACUUAACAAAAAUAAAAUUAUACUUAAAGAAAAUAUGGCAUUGCCUCAGAAGAAAUUUUACCGUCAGCGUGCUCAUUCUAACCCCAUCGCUGAUCAUUGUUUUGACUAUCCAGCCCACCCUGAUGAAUAUGACUGGUCUACUUUAUAUCCAAUUUUAAAAGAUCAACCCAAAGAAAAACAAGUGGAAUUUUUAGAUGUUGGUUGUGGAUAUGGAGGGCUUCUAGUUACACUGUCUGCAAUGUUUCCUGAAAACAUUAUGUUGGGGCUGGAGAUUCGAGUGAAAGUAUCAGAUUAUGUCAAUGAUCGCAUAAAAGCAUUAAGAAUCCAAGAUGCUAACAGUUAUCAAAACAUUGCUGUACUGAGAACAAAUGCCAUGAAGUACUUGCCAAAUUUUUUUCGGAAAGGACAACUCAAAAAGAUGUUCUUCUUGUAUCCAGACCCACAUUUUAAGAAGUCCAAACACAAAUGGAGAAUUAUCAACAAAUGGCUGCUCUCUGAAUAUGCAUAUGUCCUGGCUGAGGAAGGAAUAGUGUACACUAUUACUGAUGUUAAAGAUUUACAUGAUUGGAUGGUAUUGCAUUUUGAAGAACACCCUUUAUUUGUUAAAAUAUCUGAAGAAGAAUUGAAAUCAGACCCAAUAGUAGAGAAGCUAUAUGAAAGUACAGAAGAAGGACAGAAAGUGACUAGGAAUAAUGGCGAAAAACAUCUUGCUGUGUUUAAAAGGAUUGCAGAUAAUAGUAAUAAGUAAAUAAAUAGACAUUUUAAUACAA